CGCCCGGAGGCUGUGCGGUGCUCUCGCAGCUCGAGCCCCCUGCGUUAUCCCUCAGCUCAAGUUCGUGCGUGUGAUUGACCGCAAUAGCCCAUGCUUGGCCUCGGGUCGUACGACGACAGCGACGAGGACGAGGAGGCUGCUGUCGCGCCCGCGCCGCUGUCGAUUCCGGCCAUCGCGCAGCAGGUCGCCGAAAGCAGUGAUGAGGAGGACGAUGACAACGCGGAGAGUUCCGCGGCGGCGGCGGCGGCAGCGGGCCGGGAGAGUGAUGAGGAGGGCGGCGGCGGGAUGCUGCCGUCGAUGGACGAGGCCCUCGGCGCGGCACCGCUGGACAAUCCGUUUGAGGCCGCUGAGAGUGCGGCGCCAGCGUACGGCACCAUCUUUGACGAGGAGGAGGAGGAGGAGGAGGAGGGAGGGGACGACCCCAAAAGCGCGGCGGCGGCGGCCGUGGCUGCGGCGGCGGCGGCGAGCGGCGCGGGGUCCUCUGCGGGAGGUGCUCCGGAGUGGUCGGCGCUGCACCCGGAGAGAAAGGCGGAGACGACACGGCAGAGGAAUGCGCGCAAGGAGAAGCUGGGGCAGGCAACCUUCUCGCUCAAGUGGGACCGCGACACGGGCGCGGAGAAGGCGUCCGGCGGCAUCGACUCGUCCGCCAACCUGCAGUCGCGCACGAUGCCAAAGCAGAGCCACCGGCAAGCGUCGCGAGGCAACCCGGACGCGCAGAGCAUCAAGGUGCGCGAACCCUCCAAGGGCGUGUCCAAGCGCGAACAGGAGAGCCUCAAGGACCGGACCAAGCUCAAGCGGCAAAAGGACCAGUCGGCCUCCUUCCUGGGCGGCCGGUGGAAGACGGAGCAGGAGAUGCACAUGCGCGACUUUUUCGACUCGUAGCCGCUCGUGCGCUGCCGUGUUCGCUGAAGUACUCCUACUCGCCUCGCGUGUCCGUGUGCCGUUCGGCGCCGCGACCCAGCCGCGACCCGCGUGCGCGCCCAGCGAGCACUGAGAGUGAGUUGUGUUAGUAUGGCACCAUGGCACGAACUU